GGUGUAACAGUAAAGUUGUGUUGAUAUAGUUCAGCGGUAACCGUCGAAUUCGGAUUCCUCACCAUCCAUCAUCCUCAUUCUGUCCGGUGUUGCGCUCCAGUGCAGACACUUGCUCAUUUCGUGAGCCCCUCUGGGUCAACCGUUUAUUUCUGUCUCGGAUAUUCCAAGGUUCAGGAAGUGGUGCUGGUAAUUAGUGUGAACCAAAAAAAAAGCGGAUUACUAGCCGAAAGCACACGGAUAGUGUGCGUGUAUCAAGUGUUGAAACGUCGUUAGUGUUGAGAUUCCCGAGUGAAUCUCGUGCAACCACUGGCAAGGUGGUUGGAAGAUCUAUUUCCCGUAACACGAUCGUAUAGCUAAAACCGGGCGUAUAUGUGUGAUCAGGCUAAACCCCGCAAGAAAAAGGAAAAGUUCCAGUACAACAAAUCGAUUAUGGCUGCUACCAGCGUUGUUGUUCUGGAUCGUGGCAACAAUACGACCUGCACUAUAAAUUUGCACGGUGCAACAGUGGUGUCUUGGCGCGUCAACAACCAGGAACAGCUGUUUGUGAGCAAAUUAGCAGUAUUUGAUGGGAAGAAGGCAAUUCGAGGAGGCAUUCCAUUCGUAUUCCCACAAUUCGGUCCCUGGAACUUUGGCCCCCAGCACGGCUUUGCGCGGGUUGUAAGAUGGACACUCGAGCGCGCUCCAGAACGUUUGCCAAGUGGCGAUGUGGAAGCCGUGUUCAGCCUUAUGGACAACGAGAUCACACGAUCAAUGUGGAACUAUUCGUUUCGUAUCACAUACCGUUUGAUUCUACGGGAAAAGGAGCUGCAUUUCCACAUCGGCGUGUACAAUCCCAGCAAGGAUCUUACAUUCUCCUUCAAUCUACUGCUGCACACAUACCUAAAGGUUCCUGACGUCCGACGGUGUCAGAUCACCGGACUACACGGGUGUACAUUUAUCGAUAAAACUAGAGAUGGUGCUAUUUACCAGGAAGGCCGUGAUGUAGUGACAAUCAACGAAUGGACGGACCGAAUCUACCAACACACACCCCAGGAGCACAUUAUCACAAACGUGGUGUCCGGACGAAAGAUGCGGCUGCAAAAGUAUAAUUUUCCUGAUACUGUUGUGUGGAACCCGUGGAUGGACAAAGCCCGGGAGUGUCAAGACUUUGGUGAUGAUGAAUACCCAAACAUGGUUUGUGUUGAGGCUGGUCACGUAUCGACUCCCGUCAUCCUUCUGCCCGGAACCGCAUUUGAGGCGAGCCAAAUACUUCAGGUCAUGUGAGUAGAAACCCAGGGAGGUGCUGUGACCCGCAGUAAAGGUUCCUCCCGAGCAAAAUCCAAGAAAAACCAGCAGCAACAACAGCAACAACAGCAGCAAGCACAACAGCAGCAGCCACCAACUCAGCAACCGAAUCAAACCCAG